AUGGGAUCGAGAGCCAUGACUAAGACUGGGGUUGAUCAUGGUAUAAGAAUGGAUGGACGUGAAUCAGUUCAGAGUUGGGAGGAGGAUGCAUGUAAAGCAUCAUCGAUCAUCGCGCGACUCGACGAAUGCACUUUAGGCAAUACGAACUGGGAAACACUCGAUCACAUAAUCACGGCUGGUGAUGAUCUACUGCAACAUUAUCAGCUUCGCAUGAUAGCUAAAUGUGAGUGCUAA